AUGGUGACAACUAGAGUGAGAGAGUUAAUUGUAGUGAAACCGGCCGAAGAAACACCAAAAGUGUCUCUAUGGACGUCAAAUGUCGACCGGCUGUUCAGAAAACACGUACAAGCUGUGUACUUCUACAGGCGUCCAACAUUAACAGAAGGUUCUUCUUCCUGUUCGAACGAUUUCUUUAACUCAACUGUACUCAAGGAUGGUCUAAGCAAAGCUCUCGUUACUUACUACCCGAUUGCUGGGAGAUUGAAGAGAAGUGAGUCAGGUAGAGUGAAAAUCGAUUGCACUGGUGAAGGUGUAAUUUUAAUAGAGGCGGAAACAGAUUCAUGUAUCGAGGAUCUCGGCGAUUUCACUCCUAAUGAACAACUUAUGCCUCUCAGUCCUAAUCUUGUUAAUGAUGAUGAUAUUUCUUCAUAUCCACCCUUUUUGGUUCAGGUAACCCAUUUCAAGUGCGGUGGUGUUUGUCUAAGUACAUCACUAAGCCAUAUAAUGGCCGAUGGUGUCUCUGGUAUUAACUUCAUCAAUACAUGGUCAAAUCUCUGUCGAGGAGUAGAAGACUUGAAACCUGUCCCGUUCUUGGAUCGAACCAUAUUACAAGCGCGUGACCCGCCAGUAGUGUCUUUCCCACAUAUAGAACACAAAAGACCUUCCAUGAACAUACCUUCUACUUCUCCGUUAUUAGAACCAAAGAUUGCGACUGCGAAGCUCAAUAUCUCAACUGUGCAGGCUAAUCAACUCAAAUUCAAAUGCAAUAAGGGCGAGUUUCAGUUUAGCACAUACGAAGUCAUUGCAGGACAUUUAUGGCGUUGUUCAUGUAAAGCACGUAAACUUAAGGAUGAUCAAGAAACCGCGAUAUUUAUCCCAUUAGAUUGCCGUUCACGUUUAAGUCCUCCUCUUCCAAAUGGUUAUUUCGGAAACGCCAUAUUUUACGUAGCACCAACAGCAACUUCAGGUAAUAUUAUAUCAAAACCAUUAAGUUACGCUGUCAACUUAAUACACGAGACAUUUACAACGUCAAACAAUGAGUAUUUUAGGUCAGCGCUUGAUUUCCUGGAAUUACAUCCAAAUAUCCGUCUCCUUACCGAUGGUACUCAAACAUUUAAGGGCUGCAAUAUUAAUAACACAACUUGGGCUAGGCUGCCAUUAUAUGAAGCUGAUUUUGGGUGGGGAAAACCAUGUUAUAUGGGUCCGUCUGUACAACGUUUUCCGGGUCGAAGUACUCUGAUUCCAAACCCACCGGGAAGUGACGGUGGCUUUUCUUUAAUUAUUUCUUUGGAAUCUGAUUAUCAUAUGAAUCUUUUUAAAAAGUAUUUUUAUGCUAUUUGA